GUAUGUCUGCUCCGCGAGGCACUAGAGUAGCGAGUAGAAGGCAGCACAGCAGCAGCAGCAGCAGCAUCGACGGAGGAGGAGGAGGAACAUUAAAACACGAGUGUUGUCCCAAGAAGGGACACGCAGGGUCCAACAACGUCCCUGUCCGAGCCACACGCCGCUACUGGACACGGCAAAAGGAGGGAAACCGACGCACACAGCCGUCCUUUGGACGUUUCUUUUUUCCUGACAACCGAAGUGCGUUUACCGGGAACUUUGCUCCUCAGAACAGGCAAUUACCGGAGCUUGAAAGCCGGUGUUUAGAGAAAAGCAUCACCCUAAACUAAACUAAUCCCCAAAGCUUAGUUUAAACGUAUUUUUUCUCCAUUUGAAUCCUGUUUUUUCUUUUUCUUUUAAACUACCGAGUUUGUUUCUCGGUCACUCGAUAAAAAAAUCAACUUUGUUUAAAAUCAAGAGUCAGCUCAUUUUAUCCAACAGACGCGAGAGAAAAUAAAGUCGAAGACGAGGACAGGCGGAGAAGUGGAUGUAUUGUCAACCAUGGAUGUAACAGUUUACCCGCCUCCUCCUCAGCCUCUGGCCGCCUCAGACCACACCAGGAUUGGGCAGCUGUCCUACCCGGACCCGGCCUUUGGGACCAACAAGCUGGACGGGGACACCAUGUUCCUGGGUAUGCCAGAAGCAGGCCUUGAGUUCGCCACAACCAAUCAGUUUCGUGUGCCACAGCCCCCUCACCCUCUCAGCAAGGUGACACCACCCAACCAGCCCUCACAGCACUGGAGGAGGGACACACACAUGGGCAAUACACACCGUCUGCCUUGGUCAUACCCAGUGAAUGGUUUGGGCGAUGAUGACUUCAACAUCCCACCCAUCACUCCACCAACACUGCCAGAGCACAUGCUGAACCCCCACCUCCCCCAUGAAUCCCCCUCUGGACCGUACCAUCCCCUGGACGCCCCUUCCAGCUCAGCUCCACACCACCCCUACCAGCUGCAAGGCAUGGAUUUGCCUGGUAUGCCUGGUGGCCAGGAUGGACCGGCUAUGUUAAACCAAGAUGGGCGCACGUUCAGCCCGGAUGGUGGCCCAAUGACCAGUACUCUAUCAGUGAUGCAGCAGAUGGUGAACUCGGACUCUCGCUUCACCAGCAGCCAACAGCCAAUAGAAGCGGCGCUCGGACCCAGGAGCCAAUCAGCCAUGAACCAACCAAGCCAGUUGUCCACCAUCAACCAGUCCCAACUGGGGCUGAACGGGAACUCCGUUACCCAUAAUUCUCCCUCACCUCCUGGAAGUAAAUCCGCCACACCAUCUCCCUCCAGUUCAGCACAUGAGGAUGACAAUGAUGAUGGACUCAGGCAGGGAGAGAAGCGUCCAGCAACAGUGGACAUCUCCAAGAAACCCAAAACGCCAAAGAAGAAGAAACGAAAGGAUCCCAAUGAACCAGUGAAGCCAGUGUCUGCCUAUGCCUUGUUCUUCAGGGACACCCAAGCCAACAUCAAGGCCCAAAACCCUAAUGCCACCUUUGGGGAAGUGUCAAAGAUCGUGGCCUCCAUGUGGGAUGGCCUGGGAGAGGAACAGAAACAGGUGUACAAGAAGAAGACAGAGACUGCUAAGAAGGAGUAUCUGAAACAACUGGCUGCCUACAGAGCUAGUCUGGUCUCACAGAGUUACUCCGACCCAUCAGACAUGAAGCCUCCGCUCUCUUCCUCCACAUCUUCCUCUUCUUCUACCUCAAUGUUUACACCCAAACAUUCAGUGUACCCUGGCCACCCAGGCCAGCACCCUUCCUCCAGCUCACUCACCCACCCUCACUCACACCCUCACGCUCACCCUCACGCCCACCCUCACCCUCAACACCCAGGCAUGUACAUGACGUACCCUCACUCGUCACACCCUUCCCAUGCCUCGAGCCCCGGCCUUGCCCCACACCUGCCCCCUCCUCACCCCCAGAUCCAUCCCCAGCUCCAGGCUCUAUCCUCCAGAGGGACUGUACCACGCACCAGUGUCCCACACCAGGGAGCUAUGUCCCUUGGCAGCGUGGCGGCAGCAUCCACCCCCCCUCUCCAGGUCAGCCCUCCCCUCCACGGCCAGGCUCAUCUGGGAGGGCUUCAUAGUCCACACCACCAGCACCCGCAGCUCAGUGGCCACUCGCUGGGGAUAACACACUCCCCUGCCAUCACACAGGGCUACCCUCCCUCCCUCCAGUCUGAGUACCAGUCAAUAGGAGGGGGCAUGCUGAAUAGCGGUGCAGUGAUGUCACCAUCAGUGGACUACCACCAUCUGGGUCGUCACACACCAAACCACCACCCGUCUUUGGACUGGAACACUGAUUACCAUGGCAAUGGAAAUCUUCAGAGAGACAAACCUCUGUAUCUGAGCUAAUCUCAGGACCAACUGACACCAAACUUCUACCAAGCCCUUCUACUGCCACACCAUGGACCUCCAGCCUCUCUGUCCAGUAGAAUAAUGGAACAUUUCUGUGUGUUAUUUUCUUAAGGUACAAACGUGUUAAGAACUGACAAGAACAUCUGUUAUUGGUUGUGUCUUUUCUACUGACCGUUUACUUCAAUAGGUAAUGUGUAAACCAGCGAGGAAAGGAGGCAAGGUCCUGUGCUGCAAACCAUGCUGAUAGGUGUAUAUACUGUACUCCAACUUUUGUCUAAUUUCCUGUCUGCUUUAAAAUGUCUUAUCUAGUUUCUCAUUUUGUAAGGAUAAUGUUUACCAUCAGGUCCAAAAGGCUCUGAAGAGCAAGUGUAAAUUAAUGUAACAUAAUUGUUUAAGCUGUCAAAAGGUUUUAUUUCCUUUGACCUUUACUUGUGGUGUGCUUCUACACAAAAACCAGAAGAACACAGCAGAAAAACAAAAUGUUAAUAACCAAAUACUACACAAAUUGUGUGUCACUGGCUUCUUAACUACAUAAAUGUAAGCCUUUUUUUUUUUUUUUUUUUGAUGCAGUAUGGACUGAAGUUUUACACAUUGUGUGUAGAGACAUAAAACGUAUCACAAGUCUGUUAAACACAGCAAUGGCUGAAUUAACGCUGCUUUAUUCAACUAAAGACAAAAAGGAGAACGAUCUGGAACAGGACCUGGAGGUGUUUGUGGCCUGUUCCACCAGGCACUGACUGUGAAUAAUUGUGUACAACUAAAGAACUUUCAUCGUUGUACUGAAGAAAUCUAAUGUAUUUUAGUCCUUGAAAUAAUCAAAUGUCAAUUGUUUGUUGAAGAAAAAAAGAAACAAAAAUACUCCUUUGUGUGAUGACAACUCCUCCUGGCAUAUGUCUGUUGAAAAUAUUGAUUUGGAUCCAAACUGUGUGAGUGUGUGAUGUUUUAAUGAGAAAGCAGAGUGGCUGAUUUGGUUGCAUGGUCUCUUUUGUCAUCUCCAUUUCUCUGUGCACAGAGGCUAUUUAAGAAAUUAUAACUGUUGCUGGGUUGGCUGUGUUUUAAUGUUUUUUAAUCAAGUUUUGUUUUAGUGUUAAUGAUAAUGAUGAAGAGAGACGUAUCUCUCUCUUUCUCUCUCUCUCUCUCUCUCCCGCUCUGUAUCUCUUUGUAUUAAUGUGUUUUUUUGGCAGAUAAAAGGACUCUGGGCAACAACAACCAUGAAGAUUUUCUUAUUUUUAGAUUCUAAUAAUGUGUUUGAGAAUAAAGUCAGCGCUGCAUUGAUGUGCAGUCAUUACUCCAAAA